UGAAGAAAGUGUGCAGUAUUUUGAUUCGCUACCCAGGAACAAUUCAUGCUGCCUGUACAGAAAACAGUGAAGGUCAUUUUCCGUGCCAGCUGGCAGAAAAAAAUGGCUUUUUAGAAUUAAAGCAGUUGCUGCUACAGUAUGUAGAAGACAUGAGAUUACGGAGUGCUGCGGACAGUGGUGUCAUGGUUGAGACUGUACCUCCUCCCAGUCCCCAUGCUUCAGUUUCACCAUACUACGUCAAUGACAGCCGCUUUAAAACAGAAAUUGAUUCAAUGUGUGGGAAUGACUUUGAUUCAGAAUAUGUGGACAUGAGUGGAUUGUCUCCAAAGGUAGCUGAUGAGGCUUUAUGUGAAUUAUCAGCUAUACCACAGCAGAAUUCCUUGUCUUCUGAUAGCCCAUCUCCAUGCAAAGGCGUAUUUGAUAAACGAUACUGCAAGCCACGAUCAAUGUCAGAAGGCAAUGUGAAGACUCCUUAUUCCAGGGAGAGUUUUGGCACAACAUCUAUUAAGGAAGAGGAGGAUGAAAACCAGAGCAGCUCACCUCCUGAACUCAUGCCAAAAACUGCCUUUCACUCUUCAUUUGUUAACAAAAGACAUGGCGCAUUCCGACCAAAGUCAAACACAUCAGAACUGUCAGGAUAUGAUGUUGAAGACCAAGACUCUAGUGAUUCAUGUUCAGAGACAAUAGUAAAUAGUCGAAUAUCAUGUCAGUCUACAAUCUUCAGUGCACAUGAUACCAAUCUAGAUAUUUUUAAGGUUGGUGAGGAGAAACAUGAAAGGCUGAGUCAUGGCUCUUCUGAGACCUCUAGCAUUAUUUCUCAACUAGAACUCAGAGGAGCAGCAAGUGAUAGUUUUACGGAUACUCCAGUACUGAGAAACAAAAACUCAAAACGAAGCAAGUCAGUGCAGGAUAAAAUUUCACAUUUUUUCAAGAAGAUAAAACCAUCGCGUAAGCAAUCAUCAAGUGACGGUGAAUUGCAAACAGCAGCCAAAGCAGGAAAGAAACCCAUUAUCUACACAAGACAGUCUGCAGGCAGUGAUCCUGGUCAAACAUCAAGUCUCAAGAAAAGUGAUUCACUGAGGUCAUCUGCUUCAUCUGAGGUAGAAUGCACUAGAGAUAGCGGUGCUGUUUGUGAUGAAGAGAGAUCUCCAGUAAUUCAAAGGCACAGAUUCAAAAUCCCUUCAAGUUUUGCAGUGGGUAGAAAGAAAAACACCACAAUGAAUCGCCGCAUGUCCAUCCGAGUGGAAAAAGCGAAACAGAUGGAGAUAAGGGAGCUUCCAACAUUGCCUCCUAAAAGCAAACAGGACUCAAGGGAAACAUUUGUGAGUUUCCUUUGAAAGAAGUGAACCACCUUAGGAACAUUUUAUUUCUUCAAGGGAAACCAGACAUUUGUUUAAUGGAUGCAAGAAAAAGGGAGAUACAUUUAGUUUCGGUUGUGGGACACAACUGAAUAUUUUUCAGUCAAAAACUUCAUUGUGCUGAGUCCCAAAAGAAGGCGUUGGGGAGAGACUGAGAAAGAAUCAUAUUCUUGUAUUCUGAACAACGAACAUUAUUCCUGUACAACAGAGAUUCUCAAUCUUUUUCGUAACUGUACCUCCACAGAGUGAACGUAUGUCUGCGGGUACCUCUCACGCGUAAGCUAACGCAUAAAAGUACUUAUUUUCAUAAUGGUGUGUGCUUAUUUAUGUCGCUGUGUACCCCUGCAUAACCUUUGCCGUACCCCUAGGGGUACCCAUACCACUGGUUGAGAACUGCAGCUGUACAAUGGUGGCAAUGAAUGAAACAGGCCACCCUUACACAGUGCAUUUACGUGCAUCUGUUUGUGUAAAUGUAUGUACACAUAUAUGUAUAGAUAUAUGCACAUAUUCAGUAUAAGUAUGUGUAGCAGGAGUGCCACGAAUUCUUUCAAGAGAAAACUGCAUUUUGCUCUGAAGAAUAAUAUCCUAGAUCUUGUUUCUGUGGUAAAGUAUUAAAAUUGUGCACAUUGUAUAGCUGCCAACAACCUGCGUUUUCUCUUCAACGUUGUGUAGAAGUAGUUAAUGUUUCAAUGUGGGAGUGAGUGUGAGAGAGAGAAAAAUAUUAAAGAGUGAAUCUGAAAUUAAAAAAGGUAUCUGCAGAGAUAUUUAAUGGUUCAUUCUGUCAGUGUAUUCCUUGUUAUGUUCUUACACUUCACAUUAAGAUAAGGUUGGCUGCAAUAUUAGUCUUUUGUUCAUAAGACCUGUAUAUAUCAUAUAUACACAUAGUGACAGUUUAUUUAUGUUUUUAACAACAGGUAUUAUGGGAGUCAUUGCUAUGUCUCAACUGUCUUAUUCCUCUACCGUGAAAAUUUCUAUUCUUUGUUCCUCUCCUCUCCCAGUUUACAAACUAGCGCUAGUCAAACAUUUCAAUUCCUAAAUUUCUAAAAAUUUCAAAGAAAUUUGAUUUCAUGUUAGCGUUUCCUAACAUGAUCACAAUAUUUCUUCCUAUGUGAGGGCUUAAGUUCAUCUACUGUGUGUGUGUGUGAAAUGUGUGUUAUAUGUGUGUGUGGUAUGAGUACGUGAAUAUUUUUAAGAUAUGAUUUUCAGGCAAUUGGUGUGUUGCUUGUGUUGGGUGCAAGGAGAAGCAAUGUCUUAUACUUUGUACUGUAUGUACACUGUGUAUUUCAGGGAUGUUUUUCUCUUUGGUUUCGUCAUUUUGGACACAGCGUACAUGUAUAAAAACUGUUUAAGUCUAAUUAUCUUCUGUGAUCAAACACUUUUGCAAAACCACAUUUGCACAGGUUAUAAUGUUAACAUUAAUAUUUGCUGGCUCUGUUUUUCAGGUUUUUAAAUGGCUUUUUCUAUGUUGAGCAAUAAAGUAUUUUUUUAUGGUAUACAGUGUAUGCUAAUCUGUGAGAAACUAUUGUUGAACAUGUACACAAAGUGCUGUCAUGGUAGUUUUAAUUUAUUACCAAUGUUAUACAUAAAUACUGUUUAUUUAUGUUUAGUGCUGAAUUAAAAAGAAUUGUUACUUGUAUUAUUCACACUGAAAAUGAUUUUUUAUGUAUUGAGACAUCCAGAAAAUCGAAAGGAUGAAAUGUGGUCAAUAUGCACUAAGGAUAUUCCUUUAAACAGUGUGUCUGUUCUGGGCCUAGAUCAGGAUUUAGGUCACAUUGAUACUUUUUAACAAGUUCUUUGUUCAGGGUAAUGUAUAUAUGGUGUAUUUACACACUGAUUGAAAACCUGUAUUGUUGGCAGAAUCAAGCACACAUGUUGUACAGUUUAAAACAGGAUGUUUUCUAUUGGGAGUGAUGAGAGUUUAUAAGUAUUUUAUUAUAUAAAAAAAUUGCUUUUACUCUUAAACUUUUAACAGACCUUGUUUUCCCAUGUUUGCAAUAAAGAUGGACGUAUUGCUCGA